ACAGGGCCUGGUAAAUCCUGCGGUAGCAUCCCCUCUUUCGAGUUUUCCCCCUUUCUGGCCAAUGGGAGGCAACAGGUUUGCCAGACUCUGGUGAUUCUCUGGAUGCAGUGGAAAAGGACUGUGAAGGUUUUUCGGUAUUGCGGGUAUGGUACCUUGGAUCCUCCGCGGAGGCCUAAAAUGGAGGGGCCCGGCUGGCCGUCCCGCCUGCGCCCCCCGCAGCAGUCUCUGGGCACUGCGCGGCCCCACGGUCCUUCCCGCGGCCGCCUGGCGCGGGUGGCGCGGAUGGUGCUCUCCGCCGGAGGGGCCGCCGUGGUGUCGGGCGAUGGCUCACUCGAUCCUCACCUGCAGGCGGACAUUGAGCAUCACCGAGGCCGCCAUGUAGAAGUAAGGGAAGUUCACGCGCAGCCGCCAGGCCAGGUCGAAGAAGUGCCAGUGGAGGCAUGCUGAUGGAGGCCAGAUGGUGUCCAAACCCCGGGAACUGGACUUAGAGUUGAGGAAAGCGGACCCAGAGGAAGAGAGAGACCAGAAGCAGAGGCUCUUGCAAGAUGACACACAAACCAUGCAGGGAAAUGCGACAGGGUCCUGCAGUGACUAUGGUUGCAUUAAUGAGCGCAUUCUCUUCAAUGCUGGUGUCGUGCCAGUCAAUGAACCUCUGCAAGUUAAACCAAAGGUUCCUGCACUUAUGGAAGUAGACCAAAUCACUCACGGAUCUAAUGCAAUCACAAUGGAUGCUUACUGUGAUGGCCAUGGUGAUGACCCAUCAGCAUCUCACAUGACAGUGUCACUUGACUGUAUCACCUCUCUACUAGAUGAUGCUGACCAUAUUAAUCAUGAACCAUCUUUCUCUCUAGACAUUGUCUGUAAAGAUUUUGAACCUUAUAAGGGUGACCUGGUUGAAAUUGAGUUUUCUGAGCAGCAAGACACACAGAGCAGAAAGGCCAUCUUGAUGAAGCCUCUGAAGCACCAUCAUGUAAAUGAGGUUUGCGUUACCAGAGUAGAUGGAAGAACUGGGGUGCUGGAAGACACCAUCUUUUUCACCUUGGAUUCUCUUAAACUUCCUUCUGGAUAUGUGCCUCAACCAGAUGAUAUUGUCAAUGUGGUCGCUGUGCAGAGCAUUCAGUCUCAGUAUUUGUGGAGAGCAGUUGUAAUGGCCCCAGUACAAGGAACAUAGGAACCAAGCCUUUUGUAUUUCUUCUUCAGUGUUAUUUCUAUGUGUAGUGAAGGGCCUGCUUUAAUGCAAUAGGUUUGAAUUAGUAAGCCAAAAUAUAUGUUAAAUAUGUUUUACUUGGAAACACCCUGGUAAUGUUGUUGGAAGUAUCGACUCACUUUAGGGAGGUGCCUGAUCUAUGCAGAGACAUACCUAAACUGGCUUUUGACUAUAGCAAGGGAACAACACUUCAUAUUAGGUUAAUUCUGUUUUCCGUGAUCAGGAAUGUAUUAUGUACUGCUAGUGGCCUUGUUUGUCCUUUGAGUAACAUGCAGAGGGAGGCCAGCAAGUAAAUGUGUGUAAUUUAAAGACAAAGAUGCCUUCAGUUCUGAGUCCCCUUAUGCUAUGUACAAUGUUUACUUUUUCCAUAGCAUUUUUUAAAAAGAUUUAUUUAUUAUGUAUACGGA